AUGAAGUCACAUUUAGAAGAAGAAACAACAGCGCUUAAAAUGACAAAUUAUAUAAAUUUCUUAAUUUGCUUAAUUUGUUUACCGCUAUUAACCGCUAAAAAGUACGCCAUCUAUACACAUUUAGAGUGUCCCCAACCACAUGUUGAAAUCGUAACGGAUUACAAUUGUACUUUGGUAAAAAAUUCCAAAGGAUUUUUAACCAUGAAUACAGGAUUUAAAUUCAAACGUGAUCUCCACAAUAUAAUGGCUAAUUUCCAGGUGAAAAUAAAACGUGGCCCAACUCUAUACGAAACUUAUUUGAAUAUGAAUAUAGAUAUUUGUGAAGCUUUGAGUGCGGCACAUAAACAUUUUCUCUUGAAAAUGAUUUCCCUGGAAAUAUUACGCACCAGUAAUUUACCACUCGAAUGUCCUUUGAAAAAG